CCCAGCGGAUCUUGAAGAGCGAACACCCCGGGGCAAGAUGGCGGUGGGUCUUUGGCUGAUGCCCCGGGUCUGGCAGAAGUCGGGGAGACUGGGCUGAGGCGGUGGGAGUUGCAGCCCGGACCCCGAGCGCGGGGCCUCGAAUGGAUAAAGGUCUACAGCCUGCGGAAAAAACAAAAACAACUUCUUUGAUGGGAGAAGCUGUCCUCAACUGCAUGUCCUAUGCAAGAUCACUAGUGAUUAGCCUACCGUUUCUGCUGCAUGGAUGGGUUGUCAGAGUCUGCAAACAUGUUCACUGUAUCUCAGACCUCGAGAGCGUGGUUUAUCGACAGAACCCGACAGGCACGAGAAGAAAGGCUGGUUCAGAAGGAGCGGGAGCGCGCGGCCGUGGAGAUUCAGGCACAUGUCCGGAGUUUCCUGUGUCGGCGCCAGCUGCAUAGAGGCAUCAGGAGAGAGAUUGAUGAGUUUUUAAAAGGCGAUGACUCUGGGUCCAGUAAAAGAAGUGCACUUUGUAUUUUCAAGAUUGCCAGGAAACUGCUGUUCAUAUUCAGAAUUAAAGAGGAUAAUGAGAGAUUUGAGAAGUUGUGCCGUUGCAUCCUGAGCAGCAUGGAGGCUGAGAACGAGCCUAAGGUGUGGUAUGUGUCCCUAGCGCUGUCCAAGGAUCUCACUCUCCUGUGGAUUAAACAGAUCAAGUCUGUUCUUCGGUAUUGCUGUGAGUUUCUUGAGCAGCUCAAGCCUGAAAUCUUACAAGACUCCAAACUCAUCACACUGUACCUCACCAUGCUUGUCACCUUCACAGAUACUUCCACAUGGAAAAUUCUCCGAGGAAAAGGUGAGAACCUUCGACCUGCCAUGAACCACAUUUGUGCGAAUAUAAUGGGACAUCUCAACCAGCAUGGAUUUUAUUCUGUGUUGCAGGUAUUGUUGACCCGAGGCCUGGCCAGAUCCCGGCCUUGUCUGUUCAAAGGCACUCUAACAGCGGCCUUCUCUCUAGCACUGCGCCCUGUGGUCGCUGCACAGUUUUCCGACAAUCUGAUCCGGCCGUUCCUCAUCCACGUCAUGUCUGUGCCUGCGCUCGUGACUCAUCUCAGUACCGUGACCCCUGAGUGUCUCACGGUUUUAGAAUCUCAUGACAUGCUUCGUAAAUUCAUCAUAUUUUUAAGAGAUGAAGAUCGAUGCCUUGAUAUAUGUGAAAAUUUAGAAGGAUGCCAUACGCUCUGUGUAAUGGGCAACAUCCUACAGUUGGGCUCCCUCAGCCCCCAGGUGCUAGAGGAGGAAACAGAUGGGUUCGUGAGCUUGCUCACCCAGAUGUUGUGCUACUGUCAGAAGUAUGUGUCCCAGAAGAAAUCCAACCUGACCCACUGGCAUCCUGUCCUCGGCUGGUUCUCCCAAUCUGUGGAUUACGGCCUCAACGAGUCAAUGCACUUGGUCACCAGACAGCUGCAGUUCCUGUGGGGAGUGCCUCUCAUCCGCAUCUUCUUCAGUGACAUCCUGAGCAAGAAGCUGCUGGAGCACCAAGAGCCAGCCCCUGCUCAGCCGGCGUCUCCGCAGAACGUGCUUCCAGUGAAAAGCCUCCUCAAGCGUGCAUUUCAGAAGUCUGCAUCCGUUCGGAAUAUUCUCAGGCCUGUCGGGGGUAAGCGUGUCGACUCUGCAGAGGUCCAGAAGGUCUGCAACAUCUGCGUCCUCUACCAGACCUCCCUGACAACUCUGACCCAGAUCCGCCUACAGAUACUCACAGGUCUCACUUACCUUGAUGACCUGCUACCCAAACUAUGGGCAUUUAUCUGUGAGCUGGGGCCCCACGGAGGGCUAAAGCUCUUCUUGGAAUGCCUGAACAAUGACACUGAAGAGUCCAAGCAGCUCUUGGCCAUGCUGAUGCUGUUCUGUGACUGUUCCCGGCACCUCAUCACGAUCCUUGAUGAUAUUGAAGUUUAUGAAGAACAAAUUUCAUUCAAAGUAGAAGAGCUGGUCACCAUCUCCUCUUUUCUGAAUUCUUUCAUAUUUAAGAUGAUCUGGGAUGGAAUUGUAGAGAAUGCCAAGGGUGAGACCUUGGAGCUGUUCCAGUCUGUCCAUGGGUGGCUGAUGGUGCUGUAUGAGCGGGACUGCCGGAGACGCUUCGCCCCUGAGGACCACUGGCUGCGAAAGGAUCUCAAACCUAGCGUGCUCUUCCAAGAACUUGACAAGGACCGAAAACGUGCCCAGUUGAUCCUGCAAUACAUCCCACAUGUCAUUCCACAUAAAAAUAGAGUUCUCCUAUUCCGAAACAUGGUUACCAAGGAAAAAGAAAAACUGGGGCUCGUGGAAACCAGCUCCGCCUCCCCUCAUGUCACUCACAUUACUAUUCGCCGGUCCCGGAUGUUGGAGGAUGGCUAUGAGCAGCUGCGGCAGCUCUCCCAGCAUGCCAUGAAAGGUGUGAUCCGAGUGAAGUUCGUCAAUGACCUUGGAGUGGAUGAGGCCGGGAUCGAUCAGGAUGGCGUGUUCAAGGAAUUCUUGGAAGAGAUCAUCAAAAGGGUGUUUGACCCAGCACUCAAUCUGUUCAAGACAACCAGUGGGGAUGAGCGGCUGUACCCCUCUCCCACAUCCUACAUCCAUGAGAAUUACCUGCAACUCUUCGAGUUUGUGGGGAAGAUGCUGGGGAAGGCUGUGUACGAGGGAAUUGUGGUGGAUGUGCCCUUCGCCUCCUUCUUUCUGAGCCAGCUGCUUGGGCAUCACCACAGCAUCUUCUACAGCUCCGUGGAUGAGCUUCCUUCUCUGGACUCAGAGUUCUAUAAAAACCUUACCUCCAUCAAGCGCUAUGACGGGGACAUCGCUGACCUGGGCCUGACGCUAUCCUACGAUGAGGACGUCAUGGGUCAGCUUGUUUGCCAUGAACUGAUUCCUGGAGGGAAGACCAUUCCUGUUACAAAUGAAAAUAAAAUUAGCUACAUCCAUCUGAUGGCGCACUUUCGAAUGCACACUCAAAUAAAAAACCAGACAGCUGCCCUCAUUAGUGGAUUCCGUUCCAUCAUCAAACCCGAGUGGAUCCGAAUGUUCUCAGCCCCUGAGCUGCAGCGUCUCAUCUCUGGUGACAAUGCUGAGAUUGAUCUGGAUGAUUUAAAGAAGCACACGGUGUACUAUGGUGGCUUUCAUGGGAGUCACAGAGUUAUCAUCUGGCUCUGGGAUAUCCUGGCCUCCGACUUCACGCCUGAUGAGAGAGCCAUGUUUCUGAAGUUUGUGACCAGCUGCUCCAGGCCUCCGCUCCUGGGAUUCGCCUACCUCAAGCCCCCAUUCUCCAUCCGCUGUGUGGAAGUGUCUGAUGACCAGGACACUGGGGACACCCUGGGCAGUGUCCUCCGGGGCUUCUUCACCAUUCGCAAGAGAGAGCCAGGUGGCCGUCUACCCACUUCCUCCACCUGCUUCAAUCUCCUCAAGCUGCCCAACUACAGCAAGAAAAGCAUCCUUCGAGAGAAGCUGCGCUACGCCAUCAGCAUGAACACAGGCUUCGAGCUGUCCUAGCUCUAACCCCGUCCCAUCCACGAGCCCUCCAGGGCUCCUAGAAACAGCUGGGAGCUUGGCCAACAUGCCCGGAGCCGUCGGCCCCCAAGCUUUUUAUAGCCAUGAGACUCCCAUGUGGCCUCAAGGAACUUAGACGCACAUGAUGGCCCUACACAGCCUUCUCCAGGUGAUCUAGGUGGAAGGGAUUGUUGAUAAUAAACCUCCAGGUUCCACCCACAUUGGUCCUUUCUUCCCACUUUCCAGUAGCCAAGAGCCCAGGCCUGGCACAUGUAAAGAGGACACUUUUGGAUAGUUGGGGCUUUUUAAGUCUGUCUUCCCUUGACCAGAGUGAGCUGGUCUCUCAAACUGCAGGAGCCUAGAGUCGUCCCAUGGCGUGGGUCUGGGCGCAUGAAGCCUGCUACAUGUGGAUCCUCUCCCGUUCUGAAAACUCUUCACUCAGGUAAGGCCUUGCUAAGCCUCUAUGCACCCAAUGAAGUCUCUGCCUCUGUCCCACCCAGUGGCCUCUUCUCGGCAGCCAGACCCAGCUGGUACCCAGGGAGGCCGUAGAGCACCAAAAGUUCAGGGCACUGUUCCCACCACCAAGCUGCACCUUCCCUGCUGCAGCCUCUUUUCGGGAGUCCUCGGCAGGCCAAGCUGUCAGGGCACCCUCACCACCGAUCCUGACCUAUGCAUCCACGUUGGCAUCCUGGUUUGGUCCACUUCUAGCUGCACUCACUGACUGCUGCCCAGCGCAGCAACUCCCUUUCUCUCGGCUCAUUUGCCCUGUUCAACUGCCCAAAGUGGGCAGUGGCUUCACUCCGCGAGUCUUGGGGCUUGCUGCCCAGCACUCAAUGCAGAGCCCUGGGAACCAUUGCACUGACAAGCUCAGAAGGCGAGGAAACCCGCAUUCUCCUCACUGCCUCUGCAUUGUUGGCUUGUUUUUGUUUCAGUUUUUACUCCAUUUCCCUUUCCAACCUGUUACACUUUUCUCUACCGUCUGUUCAUGAAAACUCUUGUCCAAUCCAGGGAAUUGAGGCAGGGACCCUGGGCGUGGUCUUUCCUGUACCUCAUGUGUCCCCACCCAGAAGAAAGCCAGAGGAGAAGUGGAGCACACCUGCUCCCUCCCCCACUCUGCCCAGGCUUCAGCUUAUAGUGCUUAGAAGCCACACCUUCCAGCCAGAGAGCAGCCUGCCACCCACACUCACAGAGGCCUUCAGCGGGAUCCCGGUCGGACCAGGGCCAGGGCCGUGGGCUCCUGAGGAAGAUCACAUGCUUUACUGUGAUGGGAAAGAUGAAUGUGAAGGCAGGAAAUUAACGCUAAGAUGUGUUAGUAACCCCCGCUUUGUGGAUUCAAACAUUCUGUACACACUCGACUCCUUUUAAGAUGUGUAUUGACACUGGCCGGGGAGAUGGCUCAGUGGGAUAAGCGCUUCCCUGGCAAGUUCAGUCCCCGGUUCCGCCAAAAGAAGAGAUAUGUAUUGACCUUGGUGUACAUAGUCUGUACAUAGGUGCUGAGCCCUGUUAGCUCAUGGCCCACACAAAGGUUGAUCCCACCAUGGUUUUUCUUAGCUGAGAAGAGUCCGUGGGCCUCUGGAGGAGGUGUGGUUUAUAAGCACCAAUAGCAACUUCACCAGUUCUUUUCUUGACCAGGAGAGUAGUUUAUAGUCACAGCAGCUGCGAUAUUGCACUAUCUAAAACACUGAGUCUACUUUUAUAGCCGGUGUUCAUUGGCACCGUGAUGGCUCUUGAUGGUUCUAAACAGUUGUGGGUCUUUUGUUUUUGUGGAUAACUUAUGAAUUAAAACAUGUCAGAGGCUUUAUUAAAUUUGUAUUGAAGCACA